AUGGCAUCCUCGCCACCACCACCGCAAGACGACAUGGCCGCCUCAACCCCCAACCCAGCAUAUCGCAAGUUCGGGAUUGGGGAUGAGAGUACGGAAGUUGUGGCUGUGAAGUUUGCGCUGGACCCGGAAAUUAGCAAUGAGAGCGUAGGGAAGCACCUGGGUGAAGCUGUGGAGGGAGAGGCUGUUGCUAUUGGCGAGGAGGGCGAGGAGGUGGGCAUUUUUGCGGAUGUGGCCAAGAUCAAGAAGAUAUAUAAGCUCAAUGAUGGUGGGAAAAGGAAGAAGGGUCCUGCUGUGAAUGGGAAUGCAAGGGAUGAGCGGAAGGACAUGGAAAGCGUGAUCUUGGGCACCAUGGCAUUGAAGGGGUCAUGA